AUGGUCAUGAGCAAAAAGGGGUGCUGGACCAUGGAAUGCCUUCAGAACGUUAAGGCCUCCACAGUUGACCCUGUGGUUGCCUCUUUUCGCUCUUUUUUCCUAAUACGACGACCUAUGUCGUCCUCCUUGUUAUCUAGUAGAAGUGGUAGGCGUAAUCAGGUUCAGGGCCCUUCAUCUCCUUCGUGUACUCAAGAUGAUCAAGAUCAAGAACAGAGAAAUCCCCAAAAUGAAAAUAAUGACUCCUCUUCAUCAAAUUUCUAUUUCAUGUCCUCCGCAUCCGUGUUGACUCGCCUUCUGUGGUGCUUGGCUCUGGUGCCGACCGUGAGUUUUUUGCCAAGUUACGUGAUUACCCUUGGGACUUCGCAUCAAAUAUGGAGUGGGUUGUGCAAUUGCGCACACGAAAACCCGAAUUGGGCACUCUGGACGCACAUUUUCAUCAUGUUUGUGUGGAUCAACAUGCUGUUUCUGCAGCUGCUGUCCCAUACUGGUGGAACGAGUCGGGAGCCUGUGUUGAUGGAUCAGGAAAGUCAAAAGCAAGAAGGAGGGGAAACGACACUGACGACACCGCUUUUGGCAGGUUUUUCUUAGAUAGUCCUUUUUCUUAGAUAGUCCUUUUUCUUAGAUAGUCAGCGUCAAAAGAUACCUCCAGAACAGGUAAAUGAAUGAAUGAGUGAAUGAAUGAUUUCUCUAUGCGUUUGAGUUACUAAGAACUAGUCACUUGUACACGAAAACUAAAUACUUCUCGUGGUUUUGGUUUUUCGAGAUAUCUUCAAUACUCUUACUCAUCAAGCGUAGUAAGUUUUUAUGAAGCAAGUUGCGAAAAUAAAAGUUUCAACAUCCGUCAACAGUCCACGACAACACCAGGUGGAUCUUCCGCCUCCUCUUCGCGAAGCCCUCCUCUCACCGCACCCUCCGCCACCGAGUCAGUCACCCAGCAGCAGAUGUCCUUCCUCCAUCGCUGCAUCGUCGACGAUUCCCUUCCCAGUUUUCUCAAGAACAAUUGCUUUUUCCCUCUACGAAAUGUCGGCGACCUCAAGUUUUUGCAUCAGAGCAGUGGCUAUGCCGCUUAUUUCCUAGUCUUUGGAGGCAUGUACACGGCGGUGUACUUGUGGUCUUUUCCGAACGCAACAGCGAACGUCCAUGAAGACGACAGCGGAAAUGGAUAUGUUGUAUGGCAUGGAGCAAUUGGCUUAGAGUUACAGUGUCAGGCGUCGGGUUCAGAAUAGGCAGUUCUUCUUGCUGUCGCGUGCGCCUUCGCGUUACUUAACGCUAGUGUUUCUACUGAAGUGAAAUUUCAUUGACCACCAGAUCGGCCUAGAUGAACUAGAUGUUAUUUUCGUCCCGUCGUGAUCAACUCCUCUUUCAUUCCUCACCUGGAGCGCUGGGUCCACACUCCUGAACGGCCAAGAGGAAGGCAUUUCUGUUGGCGGGAAGCCAGUUGCGAGCACGGAUUUGUACACAGAGUUUCUCCUCUGGAUGUCGGUGAGCCACAUGGCUAUUGGCAUUCUCUACGCGAUUCGCAUGCGUGGUCUUGGCAACGAAGGCAAGGAGGCCAGAGCUGUAGCGCGUGGGGAACGACGACAUUCGAGUACUAUAGUGCGAUUGUCCAAAGGCAUAGAUGAAAUCUCAACAGCAACAGCGACUUCGUGGACGCAGUUCUGUGAAUGGAUCUCAGCGAAGUUUGGGGACACCGAUCCUCAAGAGCAAAUCACAAGUGAGCCAGAGACAACUACAGUCUCACCCUCUUCAUCUUCCUCAAGAACAACAACGAUCUCCAACCACCAUCUAGAACUGAUCAAGGACGCCAGUUGUACGACGCCGAGAGCAGAAAGGGAUCGGGAUGAGCAGAGGACGUAUUUGUUGGAGAGACACAAAGAAUGGAUCUUUAUGGGUAUCUUGUGGAUCACCGACCCAGCAAUCCAUCGAUUCGUGUGGUGGGGACGGAUUAUUUGGCUGAGAUAUGUGUACUCAAUCAUACUCUUAUUCUUAUUAUAAAUUUGGCUGCGAUAACGAUAUGUGUACUUUCUACUUACUUAUUCUUUUGCUUGUUUUCAAGUGUCCUCUGUAGAAGCAGAAUCCCUGAAGAAGUAAGCAGCUGCAGGGCAGCCGGAAAUGAAAAAAUAGUGUCGAAAACGAAAUCCACUUCUUGUUCUUCUAAUCUAUGGCUACUCUUCUGACACGGACACUCAACUAUAGAGGACCUAUUUCUUGGGUCUUCAUCUCGAAAAAUACUUUCACCGCCGUCAGGUACUUCCCCAUCAUGCAACCUGACGAGUACAACGAGUACGUGAAUGGGCAAUCGGGGAAUUUUGAGCUUUUUAAGCUUUGGACCGACAUGCAAGGACAGUAUUUUGCGCUGUCCGUGGGAAAAAUGUGGGUCAAUUUAUCCCUUUUCUUUGCCUUAGGAUGUCACGCAGUCCGAAGAGCAGACGAGUACAGAAUAGCGCAUAACAGGAGGAGAAAAGCAGACAUGAAGGCUGGAAGGCUGAGCAGGAGCAGCCUGAAGAUGCAAGAGGAAGAAGCAUCAGCUCUAAGUAUCGGACACUUUUCUUUACUUCAUGUGGUGAACUUGGUGUUCAUUUCACUGUGGUUUUGGUUGAACGGUGUAGACCAUAUGUUUUGGUACCAAGGAGCAGUCCCGCUUUGGAUUUAUGGAGAGAUCCUUGUCCUUUUCACGCUCAUGACCUUCGGAAUCUACGCGAUAUUUGUUGCAAAGUAAAAGCAACAAGUGCUGAUGAUAGGUAGCAAACACUUCCUUGGCAUUCCCGUUAUUUCUCUCUCGCUAACUCACUAGUGUAAAAUAAACGACUGCCACCAUAAUUAUAACCGAUUCGAAACGGGGGACGCACGCACCGAUGUCGCCAAAAUAUAGGUAUGAGUGAUGGCGUCCUCAUUGUUAAAGCAAUUUUUCCAUCUUCAUACAACGAAGCGGGCUUCAAACCAUUUUUUAGCACAUCAACACACAUAACCUGCCAUCUUGUCGUGAACAACAUGCAGGUACGUUGCGUGUCCGUCGAUACCAAAACUUCAAAUCUAAUCCGACUGUCACUCAUAUGAUGUUGCAACCUCCAGGUGUCU